AUGGAUCUUAGUUCAGGUGGCUUGCAGCCACUAACAGCCACGGUGGCUACCUUCCUCACUGCUUUGAUCACCUUGUUAGCGUAUAUGUCGUAUACUCCCAAAGUUGAUAAGAGGGCGCCAGCGUUCACAUCGGACACUGCGCCUUUUAUUGGCUCAUGGAACUUCUUUUUUAAAAAGAUGGACUUCUGGAAGAGCUCCAUGGCCAGAUCUAAAACGGGUAAUUUCAGUUUCUGGCUUGGCAAGAAUCACGUCGUUGGUGUGUCCGGCGAAGCCGCCCGAAAGAUGUAUCUAGACGACCGCAGACUCCACCUUAUCAAAGGAAUCACGCUUAUCGGCCACGGACCAGACUUCAUAAACGGAAGGUCAUCGGUCAUCCAUGAGAUUUGGAAGGGUACCGGCUCCAGUGGUAAGACUUACGCCCAACGGCGCCUUCUCGACUUGCAGAGAUCCGAGCUGCUCGCGAAACGUAUUCCUCGCGUCACGGGAGAUGCUCGCCGGGCAUUUGAGGCCAUGGGAAAGGGUCCAUCCGAAGUUAUAAGCCCCGCAAAGGCCUGCUUUGGCAUUGUAACGGCGCAGGGCAGCCGUAUAGUGGGUGCCGAUGAGAUUGCGGAUGACCCAAAAAUACUGAAAGCCCUCUUGACCUACAUCCCGAUCCUGCAAUUUACCAACAGUCUGCAUCUGCUUGCUUUUCCCUGGCUAUCUUACUUUAGUCUCGCGUAUUGGAAACGUCGCUAUGGCCGUUGGGGGCUGACGCGGAUCGUGAAGCCUAUCAUGGAUAAACGGAUGGCACCAGGCGCUCCUCGUGUCGAUGACGCCUUGCAAUACUUGAUCGACACUGGGGAUAGCAAGGAGUUCAUCACUACUUUCCUUAUUAGCAUGCUCUUCAUUACCGGGGCAAACACGUCAGUCAUCUCCGGUUCCAUGCUGAAUAUCGUCGCCCACCAUCCAGACUGGCAGGAGAAGAUCUACGCUGAGAUCAAAGCCUCCGCCGCCGCCAGGUGUACGAACAAGGCCAGAAAUAUGUCUCUGGUCGAACAACUUGAUUCGCUCUCGCUAGAGGGCUGGGAACAGAUGUCCGCCUCGCUUGACCUCUGCUUCAAAGAAGCCAUUCGCAUGUGGGUUGCGUUUCCCAUGGGUCGCUUCAACGACACACCCGAUCCCAUUCCCAUUCCCAGAACCAACGAGGUAAUUCCUUCUGGAAGCUUCGCUUGCUACAACACUAUAGAUGCGCAUUAUAAUGAGAAGCUAUACCCCGAACCUAUGAAGUGGGACCCGGAGCGCUGGCGUGAGGGCCGGAAGGAAUUUGAGGCAGAGAUUUAUGGCUUCAUGGGCUGGGGCGCAGGUCGACAUCCCUGCAUUGGGAUGCGAUGGGCCAAGCUGCAGCAGAACAUCAUAAUGGCGUAUGCACUAGCAUUCUACAAAUGGCAAGGAUGCGACGAAAAUGGUAACACUAACACUGAGUUCAAGCAUCCGACGCAUGCGUUGGAUCAUCUUGCGCCCAAGUUGCCGCAGGGUACCCAUUGCAAAUUUGAACCUAGGGAAGAAGCAUAG